AUGGUGAGGGUUGCCGCAAGUAUACAAAGACUGGCGUGUGCGUGCAUCGGCACCACUCUUACGCGUGUGCGAGACGCUGCCGCUGCGUCUGCCCCCUUGCCCUCGCGUACUGCUUGCUACGUAUACGCGGGGCAACCGGGUGCUUCAAUUAACGAUGACCAACAUCGUAGCGGACCCCGCGGGUCCCGGGGAGCCUCCAUGCUCCCAGGACCUCCCCCGCCUCCAAGGGGCACACCCAGGGCUAUUCCUUGCGACCAGCCGGCUCCCCGCGAGCGGGCUAACGAGGAAGAGUGGGAUGCCUCACUCUUCGUCGAGUUGCCUCCCGCGGCCUGGUUCGCAGGUCGUUCUGGAGGUAACACCCGCCGUGGUGCCCGGCCUCCCACCCUGGACAGGCAGCUGGUUGUCCGGGCCCAGCUCCACGAGGGCAUCCUCCGCCCGACCAGGUGUGUGGGUACUGUCGCGACCCUUCCUAUGAGCGUCCCCACUCCAGCGGAGCUGCAUCGCAUUCUUCGCACUGGUCAGCGUAUCGCGAGAAAGAAGCUGUGGCACGAAGCUAACUAUGAGUCCAGGGUGGAUUCUAACCUCCUCAACUACUUACAGCUUAAACAACAUCAAGGAGUUCGAGAGGAUAGUGCGCCUCUAGACGUGGGGUAUCGGCAAGCAGAUCAACGCCCAGAGGACAAGACCAAUAUCAGUGCGCAUUAUCAUUACUUCCGCAUUGAGUGGAGGAAAAUUGUGCUCCAAAAUGAAUGGGACAAGUCGACUGCAAACGCAACCUAUCUGAAGAAAGCGCGGGAUACCCUGCUUGCCAAUCGCUCCGACAGCCUGCCGACGGUCGAUCUGUACAGCACCAUCGCCAACCAGAGCGUUGCCCCGGCCGAACUUCUCGCGAGAUGGAAAUUCCACGACCCGCAGACCGCUGCGGUCUACAUCUUGUCCAGUCUGGAUGGGCCGAUCGGAAUCGUGCAAGAACUGCCCGGCACAGGGAAAACCUUUUGGAUGGUCCGCUGUCUUCUUCUAUUCCUCCGCAAUCCCAGCCGGGAUGGCAAGCCGUACCAGCUGCUCGUCGUGUCCACCUGCAACGAUGUUGGAAGGAUAUUGCUUUCUGGAUGA